CAUGUACUUUUUAAUAUAAGAUUUCUCAGAGGUAUCUGUUUCUUCAGGUUCAAUUCCGCAAUUGCGUCAAGCAAAAUACCAAACAGGCCCUAAGGAGUCUUCUCGUUUUCUUCGCCAUCGUUCCUUUCUCCCUCUCUCUUCGAUGGCGACGAUCGCCAACAACAAUCUCAACGCGAAGCUUGUUCUCCUCGGAGACAUGGGCGCUGGCAAGUCCAGCCUCGUUCUUCGAUUCGUCAAAGGCCAGUUCCUUGAAUUCCAGGAAUCAACUAUUGGUGCUGCUUUCUUCUCACAGACGCUGGCGUUGAAUGAUGCAACUGUGAAAUUUGAGAUCUGGGAUACAGCGGGCCAGGAGCGGUACCAUAGCUUGGCUCCUAUGUACUAUAGAGGAGCUGCUGCAGCGAUCAUCGUCUAUGAUAUUUCUACCACGGAAUCUUUUGAGCGGGCUAAGAAGUGGGUGCAAGAGCUUCAGAAACAAGGUAAUCCAAACAUGGUGAUGGCGCUGGCAGGGAACAAAGCUGAUUUGGAAGAUAAAAGGAAAGUGACUGCUGAGGAAGCUCGCUCAUAUGCUGAGGAGAAUGGUCUUUUCUUCAUGGAAACCUCUGCCAAAACUGCCAUCAACGUGAAUGACAUCUUCUAUGAAAUAGCAAGAAAGUUGCCUCGAGCUCAGCCUGCUCAGAAUCCAACAGGGAUGGUUCUCGUGGAUAGACCAGCAGAACGAUCUCAGGCUGCAGCAUGUUGUUCAUAGCACUUGUUACAUAUAAAAUACCCAUGCUACGGGGUGCCCCAGUUGGCCAGUAUAUAUCGUUUAAGAAGGUUAUUAACUCUCCAAAUGCUUGAGAAGGGUGGUUGAAUGGCUGUUGGCUUGUUUGCGGUGGGAUGAGUUGGUGCAACUCAUGAAAUGUUAUUCAAGGUCUGAUAUAUUAGUGGGUCCCACCAUUUACACAUUAAGAACGGCACCAAAUUUUAUUUUUCUCUGUUUUGAACUUGUCAAAGAUAUUUGUGAUGAGCACUGUACAUUUUAGAUCUUGUGUGCCUAUCUACCAACUUCUUGAUAUGAAACAAUGCUGCCUUGUGAAGUUAAAUGUUGCCAUUUUA